GUUUCAUUCACUCGUACGUAGCUUUUUCCGCUAAGCAAAUUCUCCCCCUUUCGCGCAUCCUGUUUGUGGGACCACCAUAUACUGGUAAAUCGGUUUAGCUUUCACGCGGUUUAGCCUCUCCACUGUUUGCUUCCCCAUUUUCGCUUCCCCAAUUUUGCCUGCCAAAAUGACCGACGUCGAAAGCGUUGACAACAACGUAGUCGUGGAGGAGAAAACCGUUUUCGAUCACACCACGGCCAUACAGAAGGUUUUGAAGAACGCCCUGGUGCACGAUGGGCUGAAAAUAGGAAUCAGGGAAGUCAUCAAGUCCAUCGAGUCGAAGGAGGCCAAGGCCUGCUUCCUCUCAGACGUAUGUUCCGAGCCAGCAUACAAAAAAUUAAUCACCGCCUUGUGCACGGAGAAAAACAUCCCCCUUUUUAUGGUCGAAAAUGACAGCAAGGAUUUAGGCCAGUGGGUUGGCUUGUUCAAAUUAGACAAGGAGGGGAAUGCCAGGAAGAUUAUCGGCGCGAGUUCCGUCUCCAUCAUUGACUUUGGCGAGGAAUCAGCUGAGCGAGACUAUUUAAUGCAGCAGCAGAACCAGCCCGCCGCGGCUGCUUAAGUUAAGGGGGUGAAGAAGCGUGUCAUGCCCCUCCCCCUUUCGUUCUGCUUCUUUUUUUUUGCGCUUCCAACGAAUGCGUGCCGCAUUUUGUGUACCACCGCGCGUGCUUUUUUAUAAGGCAGAGGAUAGUAGCACCCGGCUGGGUAACUUUUUUUUUUUUUUUUUUUUAACCCUGCACCGAUACGUUUAAAUGUGACGCGCGCCAUUAGUGCUGUCAUCAGUGGCGCCAUCAUUGCCGCCGCGCUGCACACAGAUAAAGAAACGAACCAGCGGAAAAGGAAAAACUUUUUUUUGCAACAACGUUUAACCAAAUAAAAGGG